AUGUACGCCACAAACACAGUGCCACGUCAACGCGUGGCCCAGACGACAGCAAAUACGACGACAACGAUGAUUUUCGUGGCAACCGUGAUGGCCACCGUGCUAGCCGUGGCCGCUGGCUGUCCCAUUGGAUGUAUGUGUAAGUGGAAAGGUGGCAAGCAGACGGUCGAGUGCGUCAAUCGGAGCUUGACGGCCAUACCGAAUGGCAUGGACAUCGGCACCCAGGUAUUGGACAUGUCGGGAAAUUCGAUGGACGCACUGUCCAGGGGCCGGUUUAUGUCAGCCGGCUUGUCCAACCUGCAGAAGAUCUUCAUGGCUCGGUGCCGGAUCACAUACGUGGACGACGCCGCAUUCCAGGGACUGUCCAACCUGGUCGAGCUGGACCUGUCUGACAACGGAAUUACCGACAUACCAACCAAGUCAUUUGACGACUAUCCGCAGCUGAUGAAGCUAGUGUUGAGCGGCAACGCGGUAACGGUGGUGCGGACGGCCGCGUUCAAGCGGCUCGCCUACCUGACGGUGCUCGACCUGAGCCGGUGCCGGGUGUCCAUGAUCGAGCCGGGCGCUUUCGACGGCCUGCACAGCAUCGAGUGGCUGCGGCUCGACCACAACCAGAUAGUGAGAAUCGAGAGUGCGGGCACGGUCGUGCUGCCACUGUCGCUGCACGGCAUCGAGAUGCACCACAACCCGUGGACGUGUGACUGCCGGUUGCGCGAAGUGCACCAAUGGUUGAACAACAACAGCGCGCCACACACGGUCGAGCCGACUUGCCAAGGGCCGGACAGACUGCGUGGCAUGGUCAUCCGGAAGCUGGACGCCGAGGAGCUGGCGUGCGCUCCGGUGGCAGCGGCCGCAUCCCCCGAGUACGUGGAAACGGACGCCGGCAAGAACGUGACGCUCGCGUGCAGGGUGACGCCGGCCGGGCAGGCCCGGGUGUCGUGGUGGUUCGAGGGCCGGCAAGUGGCCAACAGCACUACGUCAGCUGGCGUGGAGCUGACCGUAGAGGACGUCGGCCCAGCGGACAACGGCACGUACGCGUGCGUGGCCGAAAAUCGGGCUGGCUGGGCAGCGUGCAACUUCACGGUGCGCGUAAUACAAGAACCGUCCGAGGUGGCAGCCGGUUCGUAUCCGCCGGACGCGCCUCCUCCAGCCCUGCUGGUCAUUGUGUUGGCCGGUUCGGUGUGCUUUGUGGCCGUAGCGGUGGUUUGCGCGAUCAGCUGCCGGUUGCUGGUGGUGAAACGCCGUCGGCGUCGGGACCACGCCGGGCGACCGGGUGGCAAGUCAGGCGGUGCCGGGGGUGUUGACGCGGGGGCCGACGACCCGUCCAACAGUGGGCAGGGUGCCAAGACGACGUCCGACAUCAGACAAUCAGACUCGGUGAACCUUACCGUUUCAUCCACCAUCGACGGCAAAUUGUCAUCGGCCGAGGACGUGAGCGUGUACGGCGAGUAUGACGCAGCCGCCGGCCCGGGGUCGUCCGCCGGUUACGAAGUGCAUGAGGUGAUGCACGUGGGCAGCGGCGGUGGUUACGACCCUUACCAGCAGGUGCACGUGGCCCAGGGACAUCCGGUGACGGCGACCACGACCACCACUCUGGAGGCCAAUCCAGAUCUGAUCAGCGACGCGUCCACCGUGAUCAAGGACAACGGUGGUGGCGACUACCGUGACGCCAGCGACGAGGUGUACAAGAUAGCCUUGCCGCCACCCCCAUUGUGUGGCCGAGACUUUUGGUCGACUUCCGGAGCCGUAUACCCGUCCGGCGGCGGCUGUGGCUCGUACGAAUUGCAACUGUCGCCAGGCAAGCUGGCCGCCGGUGAACCGUAUCCAGCUGAUUAUGGACUGCCCAAGUUAUCGUCCGGCCAGUAUCCGAUGCCGGCGCCGCCGUCAUUGUACCGGACGCUUCCGCACCGCCGGAACGCUGCCAAGCCGCAAGGUCGGUCUUGCCAGGAAGCCGAGUUCGUGUUGUUACAGCAGCAUCACCAUCAUCACCAUCAUCACCACCAACAACAGCAACAGCACCAGCACCACUUGAACCGGUAUGAACCGCAAAACAUCCGGUACAACCAGCAGGGGUACCCGUACCCGGCAUCCGCAGUUGCCGCGGAUGGGCCUUACUACGCGACGGCCGCGGCCACUUUUUACGAACCGCCGUCGUUGUCGAACGCGUCCGCGCAGACACUCGACGACGAAACGAUGGUCAUGAUGAUGAUGAUGCCGCCGCCGCCGCCACUUGUGACCGGAGCAUCGGCGUUACCCGCAGCGGGCAGACAGCCGCAACACUUGUCCGCCGAACACGCGGCAAGUCAGCACAAGGCCGUCACAGCCGUGCAAAAGCAGCCGGCCACCACGGAGAGCCCGGACGAAGGGUACGUGGGUGAAGGGCCUGACUCGUAG